CAAGCUUGGCUUUCCCCAGAGAAAGCCUUCCAAAAGCAUGGUGUAACAGGUCCCAAGAGUAAGCACUCUAAAAACACCACACCCUGAACACCGAUCCAAGACCGCUGGUCCGGUGCGGAUACAAGGACUGCCGCUCUUGGGUAGUUUUCGUGGCUGGCUCCUACAGAAAGCACGGUUCGGCGAGCGCUCCUUGAUGCCUAUUUCACUCUACCUGCGGUCUUGUUGGCAGCCCACCUACCGAACCGAACCUCCGGCUUGCCGUGAGCCAUUGGAACGCUUCCAGUGCAGAAUCAGAAAGUGAGCGAUAUCCGACUGCUACACUGGUAAAAGCGUGCUAGCCUCGGCAGUUUCGACUCCCUCAGAAGAAACCGUUGGAUACUACCAGCCACAUCCGUGAAGUCUAGGCACCCUAAGUCCUAGAGUGAUUGUCUCGAUCGAGGCCGAGAUUUCUACUCUUGGCACGCUUUUGAGCUGAUCAGUCGUCAUGGAUCCCAGAAAGGAGGACUUGAGGGGGUGUCAAUCAAUCUUGUGUGUUGUGGGCAUAAUAAGUAGAAGUCGAGUCCAGUUUUCGAAUCCGGAAUUGCCUUCUUACUCCGGUCCCUCAAUCAACCAUCGCAGAGUCACGCCCAGUCCCACAAAAUGAAGUUCACUGUUCUCCUCUUUGCUCUUUCAGCAAUGAUCGUGUCGUCUUUGGCGGCCCCAGUUCCCCAAGGGAAAAUUUCUUACAUUGGCCUUGAUGUGCCAGAUGAUGCGGUUGAGCAAUGCAAGAUACCCAAUGGGCCAGGGGGCCCCGAGUCACGUCACAAGAGAGAUGGCACAAUGGAAUUCGACGUUGACCUCUGCAUACUCAAAAAGAGGGCAGCUCAAGAGAGCUAAAGAAGAGCCAAACACAGUGGUGAAUGUCACAGAGAAGGGGCGGGGGGGUGUUGAGUCGCGGGUGGCGCCGUGAAAACGGUGUUGUAGUACACUCCAGAUGUACGUCGACACCCACAUGCCGGUGGAGGAGGCCGUGGUAGAGGAGGC